AUGCCCUUUUUUGCGGCCAAGGCUUUGAUCCAGAUUUUUUUCAAAGAUUUGGACCUGCCCAAAGGAUUCGCGGUUCGGUCGAGGUACCUCAGACGUACACAACGCACCUCAACAACCACCCACUAUCACGAUGGCGAUUACUCUAUCGCUACAGACAUCCUUAAUGGGUGUCUCAUUCCUUCACCCCCUCCCCAUUCGAAUUCUUCGCCAGUGCAUCCUGGUUCAGUGACGAGGGAUCCAGGUCUCGAAGUCUCCAUCAAUAUUUCCUCCACCAGAUCCUCCCGUCGCAAUUCCUUUGCCCGCACAGCUUCUGGUAUGGCUCAGACAUUUUUGCCUUUCGUCCAGGGCAUUACAAGUGUAAUUCCAGCUGCCGGUCCUCCGAUGCAAGCUGCUAUUAGUGGAUUAUUGUCAAUCCUUCAAGCCAUAGAUUCAGAACAAGGCGGACCUAGAUCACCUGAGGACACGACUUCAUCAACUAAGCUCACAUCUGUGCAACGUCCCGACCGCCCAGGAUCGCUUUGA